GCCGCGAUCGUAGCUCAAGUGUGGACAGGGGAAGCAGACGAAAUUUUUCUCUCUCUUUUCCUGGGGAUUUGGAAAAAGUCUGUUUGUGGUAAAAACCAGGGUCGAAGUGGAAGGUGGAGAAUGGGUAAUGGGAGCGGGCGGCUCGAGUGAACGCUCUCGGGGACGGCUCGAGGACUCGAGUCGACCGGAUGCGCCCUGUAAAUAAUGUGACGUGGGACCGUGUGUGAUGGCGAGCAAAGAGGGAGCCGAACAUCAACAACGGUUCGUCGAGGAAAUUGAUUACAAUGAGAUCGUCACGGAGGAGGUCGUUGGGAAAGGAUCGUUCGGUGUUGUGUGGAAAGGAAGGUGGAGAGGCCGUUACGUGGCUGUUAAACAUAUUAAUUCAGAGGGCGAGAGGAAAGCGUUCGCCAUAGAGGUGCGACAGUUGUCCAGAGUGUCGCACCCUAAUAUCGUCAGACUUUAUGGAGCCUGCACGAAGAACCCCGUAUGUCUCAUUAUGGAAUAUGCCGAAGGUGGAUCUUUGUACAAUGUUCUGCAUUGUCCUCCGUACCCGCGUUAUACAGCAGGACACGCCAUGAGCUGGGUACUUCAAUGCGCACAUGGCGUAGCCUAUUUGCAUAAUAUGAAGCCUAAGCCACUGAUACACAGGGACCUGAAACCUCCUAAUUUGUUGCUAAUCAUGGGCGGUCAGAUGCUCAAGAUCUGCGACUUUGGGACAGCUUGUGACCUGAACACGUACAUGACCAAUAACAAAGGCUCAGCUGCCUGGAUGGCACCAGAAGUCUUCGAGGGCUCUCGAUACACAGAAAAAUGCGAUGUCUUCAGUUGGGGUAUUAUCCUCUGGGAAGUUCUCUCCAGAAAGAAACCCUUCGACGACAUCGGAGGGUCAGCUUACCGAAUCAUGUGGGCUGUUCACAUUGGACAGCGACCACCUGGGAUAGAAGGUUGUCCAAAGCCUAUCGAGGACCUUAUGAAUAGUCGGCUUAUUAUUAGGUGUUGGAAGAAGGUUCCCGAAGAGCGACCAUCAAUGGACGAGGUAGUGAGGAUAAUGACCGUCCUCUCCGAAAUGUUUCCUGGCGAGCUGGAACCUGUUGAAUAUUCCUUAAGCAGUGAGGUGGACGAGGACGAAGAGCCUGGUGAUACUUUGGACUUUACCGAAACUUUGGACUCGCAUAUCAACGGAUCGUUGACCAACGGGGCCGACUCUCGAUUGCCAGCUCUGGUUGAAAUGGAUAACGAGAACGUGAAACAGGAAAGCGUCGGUUCUCCGGAGACGGCAGAAGUUUCCUCUCCGCCAAAGUUUGGUCGGGUUUUCAUCUCGGAUGAUUCGCCUCGAACUCUAGGCGUCCAUGACGACGCAGAAGUGGCUCCGGCAACUCGUUCGCCUCAAAUUACCGAAAAUUCUGACAGAAAUGCGGCUCAGAAGUCGGCACGAGCUACUGCAGCGCCAACUUCUGGGAAGCCUGCUACAUUAUCGAGGUGCAACUACGACCUCGCGCCACUUCACGUCGAGUGCGAUCCGAAUGCCUGGGAGCUAGAGUCUUCAAACUCUUCCUGGGAAAUUCGAAAGAUGGCCGGCUUAGACAAGAUGGCUCCCAAAAAGCCUCUGAAGAGCAGCAGCACGACGAACAACGACCUGGACAACGUUUACCGGCUGCUGGACGCGGAGCUCAGACCUCUCACGCCGGAUUACACUUGUCCGCGAUCUCGGGAGAUCUUCGAGGAACACAAGCAACUGGCCCAGGAGUACCUGAAGGUGCAGACCGAGAUCGCUCUUCUGGGCCAACACAGAAACGAGAUGCUGAAGAACCUGAGCGUCGACAGUCUCAGGCAGCAGCAGGAGCUGCGGAAGCUGGAGGACGAAAAGGAGUCUCUAGUGAAGCUGUACCGCAACCUGAAGAGGCAGCUGGAGAUCAUGAAGGGCCAACGAGUGGGCGCAUCCGGAAAUUCCGUCGACCGACAGACAUCAGCAACCUCCGCAGCGUCCGUUCCUGCUGCUGUCUCCAGCGCCCAGGACGGUUGGGUGGUGGUUCCUCGACAAGAACCCUCGUGAUUCACCGAAAUCCCCGCACGUAGGACCGUGCGAGAGUCAACCAUCGUUUAGUGUGCAUCCUGAGGAAUGCGUUUCUCUUCCAAGACCGUCUCUAGGAGUCUCGAGUUGUGGGCUGUGGUCGGCGACCAGCCGAACAACCACCGGCUCACCUCCAGGAGCGACAUGCACGACUUACUUAAAGCGAAUCGUUUGUAUAAUACCGCUUAAGUUAAGAUAAGAUACUGAAAUCGGAUCUAAGUCAUGAUGCGACUCGGUGCAGAGAUUUUAGAUACCGACGACCUACUAGAGGUUUCUUCCGCAAGGGUAAUCUGGACUUCGAGGAUAGGGUGAAAACGUGAAAAAUAGAAGUAUUCACAAUUUGUAUGUAGCAAACGUAAAUUCAUGACCUAGGUCGGGAAUGAUCAGGAGAGACGACUGAGUCUUGAACAUCGACCGAGUGAACUUAACCUCGACUUUGUGUCCGUUCAUACCGAAAAGUGCGACCUCAAUCUAGAUCGCUCUUUCUAAGUCAGUAAAGUAGGUACUGUAUGUUGUACGUGUAUGUACUUGGAUCGAAUGCCGUGAUCUCAUACCAUUUUAUGAUAUUCCAUCGUCCAGGGUGUCUUCGGUCGGUCGCGGGGACCGCCAGAACUGUGCGUACUAAAAAUCGCGGGGUGACGCAGUCACUUUGCAAUAUGUGAAUUAUGUUAAUAAAAUGAAGUUUAUUAAUAGGA